AUGGCCACGUACCGAUGGAGUGUGGUCUGGAAGAAUAUGAUCCAGAAUCUGCCUUGGGCCUUAGCUCCAGCUUUGACCUUCGUCGUCUAUGCUGCUCAAGGAAAGGAGCUGAAAGCUACCAAGGCGUUCAGCAUGGAGCAGAUGCCUGAUGCAGAUCGAACUUAUUUCCUUUCAGAUGGGCGUCUUGGUCAGGAAGAGCCCUGCGUGGUGAAUGUCUAUCAAGAAAUAAGGUCUGACGCUGUGGAAGCUGAGGAGUCGAAAGAAUUCCCGGAGUUGGCGAUAGAAGAUAAAGCCGCCUUGAUCUCCAAGGCGAAUAAGAUUCACGAUCUCAGGAGGGCAGCCGGGGACUCUGCUGUUUAUGCGUAUUAUCUGCGCUACGUUGGGUGGACGAACGCUGCGAUAUUUGUCUUUUUCGGGACAAUGAAUGUCUUCUCUAACACGUGUAGUCAAAUUUGUCUUAAGCGAUGGGCUGAUCGUGGUGGAGGCCAAAAGGCACUCUAUGUCUCGGUGUAUUUCUUCCUUGCCUUUUUCAACACUGUCAGCAAUGGUGGUUAUGUCUGGUAA